CAGGGGAUUUCCAUCCUCCUAGAGCCUGAAAGAAAACUCCUACAAGCUUUAGCUAGUGCUGGGCUGCACACAGAUAGAAGCCACAAGACUGCUGAUGAGAAAAGGUAUUUAGCAGUUUAUAUUUACUAAAAUAACUGCCCUUCCAUGUUCUGUGUACUGUGGGAGACCAGAUAUUGUGGAUGCAGGGUCCUGAGUUUCGUAACACUUUAAGGGGUUAAAGGACUGUGACCAGGAGGAUGAGCGGAAGUGGUUAAAGUGUGAGCUUGGCAAGGGAACCAAUCAAAUGCCAGAAG